GACACAACCUCACAAUUCAAAAUGGAGUCGCCUGCUGCAAACGAUGUAAAUAAUUGCGAUUCACCGGCCUCUAAAAAGCGAAAAUUAGAGGAUAACAAGCAAAUUAGCAUUCACGAGUCGUUGAACAACUUAACCGAAUUCAAACUGGAAAAAAUCCUCUACAAUAACACUAAUCGCAAGUCUAUCUGUUUGCAAGGCGUGUUCCACAACUCCAAGGAACCCGCUCUAGUUUUACUCGAAAAAACCGGCUUUACCGAGACCAACUUUAACGGUGACAGUGAAUUUUUCACAGAAAAAUCAUCCCUGAAGCAGAUUUUCCACAACGACAUAUACGGCAACUACGAGUUCCUACCGAAGCUGGAGCUAAACUCAAUCGGUGCAACGAUCAUUCAUCCGGCCACCGAGAAGCACAUUAAGAAAUAUUCGAUCCAAAACGUGUACUUAGUCGACGAGACGCCGGCACUUUACGAAGAAGUUACCCUGCCCCAUAUCACAGAGGAACAAUUCGACUUGCAGUGGGUUUACAACAUUCUCGACCACAAGAGCGAAGCCGAUCGUAUCGUUUUCGAGGACCCCGACGACACGGACGGCUUCAUUUUAAUACCCGAUCUGAAGUGGGACGGAAAGUUGGAGAGCUUGUACUUGCUCGGUUUAGUUCGUGUGCACGGACUGAAAUCGUUGCGCGAUCUCACCGCGGCCCAUCUGCCGCUGCUGAGGAAUCUCAAGGAGAGCGGAACGAAGGCGAUUUGCGAGAAAUACGGCUUAACGGCAGCGCAACUACGCAUCUACCUACACUACCAGCCCUCCUUCUACCACCUUCACGUUCACUUCACGAAUUUAAAUCACGACGCGCCCGGAACGAAAACGGAAAAGUCCCACCUGCUUUCGAACGUCAUCAGCAACAUCGAGCUCGUGCCCGAUUACUACCAAAGGGCGACGUUACCGUUCAUCGUGCGCGAGGGCGAGAACUUAGUCGCCAAGUUCGAAAAGAAGGGCGUGCUAACGCGGGGAGCAUGUCGCUCGUCAAGUCCUUAGUGAUGGAGGUUCGUCCCCGAUUGCAAUCGGUG